CUAAAGUGACAAAGACAUACAUUUUUCUCUAGGGUGCCGUUCUCAAAAUCGAUCUUUUUUAAUCCUCAUCAUGUCACGCACUCACUAAUUAGCUAAAUGUACUCGACUUGGAAAAACAACGAUUUCUCUAUAUGAAUUGUUGAUUUCAAAAUACGCACCGCUUAUGUUUGGCGCCAUGGACAAUACACGUCCGACGCUAUCUACCCGGGGUUGUAAAUGUGAGUAACUUUGCCCUAUAUAUUCCCACGAAAGGACGAAUUUGAGUCACGUGUCUGGCAUCACAGUUAUUUGUGGAUGUGUCAGAUAGGUAGCGUUAUCUCUUUGCUUAUCGAAUGAAGACAUCUCGACUUCAGUGAGCGAAUUGCAACGCACGGGGAGGAGGUGCCAAUUUUCAUAAUUUACGAGACACAGUUGCGACAAUACCACCACAAUGGUCGUUAAGGAAAGAACGACAGCAGAGAAAUGGUCAACUCUUGUCAUCACAUGUUUUGCCUUAGCAGUUUUAGGUUUGUUCAUCGCCAUGGGUGUUUAUUACGUAUCACCCGCCGACGACCAAGACGCCCUCGCCCAAGCGAGGGCGUUGCCGGCUACGACUGGUACCAAGUACAUGAUCGGUGUUGGAAUCGCUGAUGUUACGGGACCUGCAGCCGAUGUCGGCAUGAUGGGGUAUGCGAAGCUCAGUCAGCAGACAGGAGGAAUUCACCAACGGCUAUACAGUCGUGCUUAUAUUGUCGGGGAUGAAAAUGGUGGCAAUCGUUUUGUGUUCGUCAGCGCCGAUAUUGGUAUGGGAUCACAAAUCGUCAGACUGGAGGUUCUUAAGCUACUAGAGGCUAAAUAUCCAGGAGUUUACACCAAUCAAAACGUGGCAUUCAGCGGUCAGCACACACACUCUGGUCCAGGUGGAUAUAUGCAAUACCUCUUGUACGAUGUUACAACGAUAGGAUUCAAUGAGCAAAGUUUUCAAGCCAUAGUCGAUGGACUUUUUCUGAGCAUACAAAGAGCACACAAUAGCAUCCAACCUGGAUACAUUUAUAUGAACAAAGGCGACGUAGUGGACCCUACUGGAGCCGAUUCACACUGGGCAAACAGAAACAGAAGUCCAGCAAGUUAUGAGGCUAAUCCACAAGAAGAAAGAGACAAGUACACGUAUGACGUAGAUAAAACCAUGGUAUUGCUGAAAUUCGUUGCUGAAGAUGGUAGAGACAUUGGAGCACUGAAUUGGUUUGCUGUCCAUCCAACCAGUAUGAAUAAUACCAAUCACUUGAUUAGUGGAGACAACAAAGGUUAUGCUGCUUAUCUAAUGGAACGACAUUUCAGUCCAGACAAAAGACCAACAGAUGAAAAUAUUUUUGUAGCAGCAUUUGCUCAAAGCAACCUAGGUGAUGUCACACCCAAUACAAAGGAUCCUCAUUGUUAUUAUGCCGGUGAAGAUAGCCAUUGUGACUAUUUGACGAGUGAUUGUCCAGAUAAGGAGGAUUUCUGUGUUGCAUUUGGUCCAGGGGACAACAUGUUCGAAAGUACCGCUAUUAUUGGUGAGCGGCAAUAUGCUAAAGCACUGGAAUUAUACGAAGACGAGGCACAGACGAGUGUACCUUUGACAGGGCCAGUUGGUUACAUUCACCAAUAUGUAGAUAUGGGUAACUUCACUUUUCCUUUGAAAAACGGAACCGAGGUAACCACGUGUCUACCUGCCCUUGGUUAUAGUUUUGCUGCGGGAACCAUCGAUGGUUCAGGAGCUUUCAAUUUCACUCAAGGUGAUACUACCGGCAGUGCAUUUUGGGAUAGCGUCCGUGACGCAAUUAAAGAGCCUACGCAAGAGCUUAUUGAUUGCCAUGAGCCUAAACCAGUACUGUUGCCCACUGGAGAGGGGGCUUUGUCCUACUGGUGGUACCAGGCGAAUUCAGCACCAUGGCUGGAAGAAGAAUUCCGAGAUUCCGUGAAGCAGAAACUCGUUGAUGAAAACAAAUGGGUGGAAGAGGACACAGAGGUUGUGAUAGCUGGUUUGAGCAACCUAUAUACUCACUAUGUUACCACCUUUGAAGAGUAUCAGAUUCAGCGUUAUGAAGCUGCUUCCACCAUUUACGGUCCGCACACCUUGGAAGCAUAUCAGUACCAAUACGAAAAUCUGACACAAGCCAUUGCAACGGGUGAAGAACUAGAUUUGGGUCCACAACCACCAAAUUUUUAUGAAGAUGGUACAGUUUGGGGUUGGCCAUUAACAGUAAUAGUAGAUGAUGAAGGAGAAGAAUUUGGUACGGUUCUGCGAGACGCUGAUGCAUAUUACGAAAGGGGUGACCGUGUUAAUGUGACAUUCCAAGCUGGAAACCCUAGAAACGAUUUGAAGUUGGAAGAUACCUUUAUCAAGAUAUUUGAUGUAAACAACUUUGGCACUGUCAUCCACACAGACUACGACUGGUGCACCAGGUUUUACUGGAAAUCAACAACACGAAUGACUGUCCCUGAGUUAAUAGAAUUAAUUCCGGACGUUAUACUCCCAGAUGACCCGCCCACGUUACCGAUCACUCUACCAGAAAACUUCACCCUCCCUUUGGAUGGAAUCCCUGGUACCGGACAAAGUAUCGCGGAGAUAAUAUGGGAUAUUCCCGACGACACACCGUAUGGAAAAUAUCGGAUGUGUUACUACUUUGAUUAUAAAGACAGCAUAGUUGACAUCACAUUUCCACCCGGAAUAGAUCCUGUUGAACCGGUAUCGGCAAGCGCGUGCUCCUCUACUUUUGAAAUUGUCGAACCGACGGCGGUUGCGGGCGCUGUUGGCAUAUAUGGCCAUCUGCAUCUCUCUUGCUUCAUGCUCUUCUUUUUGUUCAUCGAAAAAAUGUUAAUGUAA